AUGAAACAAAAAACUGAAGAUGAUCCGUCGAGGCGAAAUAUACCAAGUCCAUUCUUAGUACUUUUGCUGGGAUUUUUCAUGCUGGUAGCGUUUGUGACUACAGCUAUCGAAGAUGAACUGCCUAGACCUAUCAAAGAACAAGAGAUUGGAAUCAAUGACUCAAACACAUUCAGUGAAGAGUCUGCAAAUAAAUAUCUACAGAUAAUACUAGGAGACCACCCAAGAGUGUUUGGUCUGGAAUAUCAUUAUAUCAAGACACGGGACCUAAAAGAACUCUUCGAUAGUAUUGCUCAGAAAUCAAUCCUGCCUAUUCACACAGAUUGGCAAUUUGUUGAUGGUUAUUUCAUGUUCGGCUCACCCAGCGUUUACAGAAAUCUUUCCAAUGUGGUAGCGGUAUUGGAAGGUGAAAGCGGAUUUUAUUCCAACGGCACCAUUGGAACUUCAAUCCUAGUAAAUUGUCACCACGACUCUGUUCCAUUUGCAAUAGGUGCAUCAGAUGAUGGUUUGUUCUGUGCUGCCAUGGUUGAAACAUUAGAGAAGUUAUCAAGAAGAACUACAAAACUAAAGCAUAAUAUAAUUUUCCUUAGUAAUGGUGCUGAGGAAAUGGGAUUGCAGGGAAGCCAUGGAUUUUUGAGCCACCCAUGGUCGAAAGGCGCUAUUGCAGUUGUUAAUUUAGACGCAGCUGGGAUGAACGGGCGGCCGAAUCUGUUUCAGGUAACAGACUCUAGAGUACUAGAAGCAUUUAGAAGAACUACUUCAAGACCAAUGGCACAAAGUCUAGGUGAAUUCUUAUUUUCUAACCGAAUCAUACCAUCGGAUACAGAUUUUAGAAUAUGGAGAGACUUUGGUGAUAUCAUGGGUGUAGAUAUUGCGUUUGUUCAAUGGGGUCACAUAUACCAUACAAGAAACGACAGACCAGAAUUAAUAAACGACGGUGUCAUGCAGAAUGCAGGAAACAUGCUUCUUCCGCUCGUGAGAGACUUAGCUGAUUACGAGGGUUUAGUAAACAGGGUGCCACGUUCGACAGCAGUGUAUUUCGAUUAUAUGGGAUGGUUUCUUAUAACAUUCACAAGAUCUGCAGCGCUGGCAGUUGAUAUAAUAGUAGUAUUACUAGGUUUUACGACCGUCGCCUAUCCCAUAUGGCUGUUUGGAUUGACAUAUUCAUAUUUACGUGAAUUAAUGUGGUCUCUUGUGGGUCGUUUAUUAUGUAUAGCGAGUGGAGCUGCUGUUAUCGCCAUUUUUUCUUCGAUUAUGAUCGCUACCACCAUACAAAUGAGAUAUUUGUCUGCAUAUUGGCUUAUAGCGCCAUUGUAUUGGUUGCCAUAUGUGAUUGCAUCCGUGACAGCUGCUCAUUUGUUUGAUUUUUGGAGGAGCAAAAAGACGGAUCUAGACUCUUCAAUGCGGACUAUUCAAGCAAUGGCAGCCACGCGUUUUAUAUUAUCUGUAUUGCUGUUUGUAUUAUGCUGCUUCCCAAUUUUCUUCAACGUUAGAUAUUUAAUAGGAACUCCCCUCUUCUUGAUGUCAGUCGGAAGUAUAGUAUCUAUGUCAGUGGUACGAUACUCGAAAGUAAAUGCAUGGCAACACCUCUUAUUGGAAGUAAUCGUGCACAUACCUGCUACUCUUUUCACCUUGUCGCUGGGAACAAGACUUCUAGCCCUUAUGAUACCGAUAACUGGCCGGUCCGCUUCCGACUCUCCCGAUGUUCUUGUCACGAUCGCUUCUGUUGCGGUUACAGUGUACGUUGUUUUCACUGUGUCUGGAAUUGAAUUGCUAUUCUCACGCAAAUGGAUGUGGAUAGUGUUAAGUGGCAUAUCAGUAGUGUGCAUCAUUAUAAUGUUCAUCCCCAUGAACCCGUAUCGUGACGUAAACACCACUCAGAGGCAUACUUGGUUUCACUCUCAAGUUACUACCUACGAUCAGAAUUUCACGGUUCUAAACAGCUCUUCUGGAGUAAUUUUAGCUAAAACAGAUGCUAAUAAUAUACAUGAUGCAUUGAAAGCGAUCCGUAACAGUGAUAUCUACAUACGAGACGAUGAAUCUCACGAGUCCGACAACCCACUUAACAAAUUGCAAAUAAGGGAAACCGACUUAAGGAUACUUCAGGAGGAGUGCCAGGAUUAUCUUUACUGUAACCUGCCGAUAUUUGGUCCGCGAUCAUAUACGAACAGCCUUUUCGUAUCAAUGGGACCGCCGGCUCACUUCGACCAUUCGAUACAAUUAUUGAAUCGUUCCUGCACUGCAGAUGUUUGCAAACUUAGCUUUGAAAUACAUGGUACUGCACAUAACACGAUUACGAUAUGGCCGCGAGAAAAUAUCACCCUAAUUGAUUGGCCCUUCAAGAACUCGAUACGAUCUACAUUCAGAAUGCAAGGAAGACCUGUGUAUAAUAUAAGACAAAAUACAAACACCUACAGCGCAGUCUUUCCCCCAUAUGAAUUGACCUUGGACUUUAGGGUACCAGAGAUGAAACAAGCUGAUAUUAUUUUAGAUAUAUCCCUUAACGCGCACAAGAUCAACCACCCGGAAGAUUUCACGGACCAUUACAAACAACUGCUGGAAGUUAUGCCCGAAUAUAUGAAUAUCGCAACUUUCUUGAGCUUCAGGAGUAAUUAUGUAUUUUAGACAGAUAA